AUGUGGACAACCACUUCCGGCCUUCGAGGCAAGAAGCUCCACUAUGCUAUCACCUUCACCUCCGUCGUCGGUUUCUCUCUGUUCGGUUACGAUCAGGGUUUGAUGUCCGGUAUUUUGCAAGGUUCUUCCUUCAUUAACGAAUUCCCCGUUCUCGACAAGAACAUCCCUGGCCACAGCGCAGAACAUGUCUCUGUUCUGCAGGGUGCUGUUACUGCCUGUUAUGAGUUGGGUUGUUUCUUCGGCGCCAUCUUCACCCUCUGCUUCGGUCAACGUACUGGUCGUACCCCCCUGCUGGUCGCCGGUGGUCUCUUGAUGGUUUUGGGUACCGUUCUCUCCACUGCUGCCUUUGGCGAGUCCUGGGGCUUGGGUCAAUUCGUCAUCGGCCGUGUUAUCUCUGGCCUAGGAAACGGCAUGGACACCGCCACUAUUCCUGUGUGGCAAUCUGAGUGCUCCAAGGCCCACAACCGCGGUUUCCUUGUCUGCUUUGAGGGUGCUAUCAUCGCUGUCGGUACCUUUAUCGCCUACUGGCUGGAUUUCGGCAUGUCUUACGUCGACACCUCCGUCCAAUGGCGAUUCCCUGUUGCAUUCCAGAUCCUGUUUGCCAUUAUGGUUACCGUUGGUGCUCUUAUGCUGCCUGAGUCUCCUCGCUGGUUUAUCAUGCAGGGUAAGGAUGAAGAGGCUCUCCAGGUUAUGGCUCAGCUUAACGACAGCUCCCCCGACGCUGAGGAUGUGCUUCGCGAUUUCAACCUAAUGAAGGCUGAUAUGAAGGCUUCUGAGGCCCAACAGGCCUCUAGCUGGAAGGUUCUUUUCACCACUGGCAAGACUCAGGAGUUCCAGCGUAUGAUGAUUGGUUGCUCCGGACAAUUCUUCCAACAGUUCACUGGAUGUAACGCUGCCAUCUACUACUCUACCCUUCUUUUUGAGAACAACCUUCACAUGGAGCAUAAGAUGGCUUUGAUUAUUGGUGGUGUUUUCGCCACCGUUUAUGCACUUGCCACCAUUCCCUCUUUCUUCAUGGUUGAGAGAGUUGGCCGCCGCAAUCUCUUCCUGAUUGGUUUUGCUGGUCAGGGUCUCUCUUUCAUCAUCACCAUGGCUUGUCUCAUCGACGACACCACACAGAGUGCUAAGGGUGCUGCUGUCGGUAUCUUCUUGUUUAUUAUUUUCUUCGCUUUCACUACGCUUCCUCUGCCCUGGAUCUACCCCCCGGAGAUCAACCCUCUCCGCACUCGUACCAUGGCCGCUUCCGCUUCCACCUGUACCAACUGGAUCACCAACUUCGCUGUCGUCAUGUUCACUCCUGUCUUCUCCUCCCAGAGUCCUUGGGGUAUCUACCUUUUCUUUGCUCUGGUCAACUUUAUCGGCAUUCCUUUCGCCUACUUCUUCUACGUCGAGACUGCUGGUCGUGAUUUGGAGGAAGUCGAUGUCAUCUUCGCCAAGGCUCAUAUUGAGAAGAAGUGGCCCUUCAAGGUUGCCCAGGAGAUGCCCAAGCUCUCUAUUGAGCAAAUCUCUGAAAUGCAGCGCGAGCUGGGCUUGACCUUUUCGGACAACCAUGCUGCUGAUGCUGAGAAAGUCGAGAUUGGAAGCAGCGGCGAGAGUGAGGACAACAAGCACGCCUCCGAUUAA